CGGAAAUCUCUAGUAAACAAUUUACAUAAUUUAAAUGGUUGUGUAUUAAAUUAAGAUAUUAGUUAGGCAAAUGAACGCAAAAUGACCUAGUUUGCCGAACCACUAUGCUAUUUAAUCAGUUUUCAUAUCCCUUUAUCUAUACUUGCCCAUCGUAUAUGUUUGUAAACUUUUAAGUUACACUGCAGACAAUGACAACAGGAGAGCAUCAGUUUAAUUAAACUGGACGCGUAUUUUUCGUGAGGCAACAUAUACAUUUAAACAGGAAUUCAAACUUACAUUUUGUGCAGAAGGAUAAAAUUAAAUUAUGACGGAUGUAAAUUUAUCUGCAAUACUUUACAAAAAGCUUGAUCUCCGCUUGGAAGAGAGGCCGAUACCAGAGCCUGCUAAGGGAGAGGUACAGUUAUGUAUGCAGAAAGUUGGAAUUUGUGGUUCAGAUGUACACUACUGGCAGCACGGUCGUAUUGGUGACCGGUUCAUUGUGACAGGACCCAUGCUUCUAGGGCAUGAAUGCAGUGCAGUAGUAACCAAAGUAGGAGAAGGGGUAUCCCAUCUUAAAGUUGGAGAUCGAGUUGCUAUAGAGCCACAUGGGGUGUGUCGCACAUGUGAACAAUGCAAAAGUGGGCGGUAUAACCUCUGUCCGAAUGUGUUCUUCUUAGCCACGCCUCCUGACAGUGGAGCACUAGCAAGAUAUCACGUGCAUGGAGCAGAUUUUGUAUUCAA